UCGGGAAUAAACACAUCAAAACAAUUCGAAAUCCUCAAAAAAACGUGGCAGGAGGAAAGAUAUGGCGUAAAAAUAUAGUGUUUUUAGGAUUUCUGGUCCCGAUCGACCGGAUAUGUAGUUCGUGAUGGUUUCGAGGACGCGUAUAGUGUUUUAAAAUUACAAAAAACAGAGACAAAACCUGCGCUUUGCUUGUGAAAUAUGGGGACAAAGUUGUCAAGUCCAAAUAACAGGCGAAAUCAUCCUAGCACAGUGACUGCAGGCGAAAUACAAGGUAGAGGAGGAAUAGACGUCUCUAGCAGAACUCGAAGUCGAUCUUUAGAAAUAAGAGAACAUCAUUCGAGAUCGAUUCCAACGCGAAGGUUACAGACGCGUGAGAUAUCGUCAGAAGAAAAUAGCUCGGGAGACAAUUCGACUGGCGUCUCGAAUAUGCUUCAUUCUAGCUCGUUGCCUGGCCAGCUAUUUGCCUUACACGGCUUACGAUGCCCUGUUUGCUCGAAGUUUGUACAAUCGGACGAUGUCGAAUUACACUUUGUAAUGUGCCUUACAAAACCGCGUCUAGCGUACAACGCUGAUAUUUUAUCACAAGAUUCUGGAGAAUGUGUGAUAUGCUUGGAGGACUUAUUAGCUGGUGAAAAAAUUGCAAGGUUACCAUGUUUAUGUAUAUACCAUAAAAAGUGCAUCGACAAAUGGUUUAAAAAGAACCGCACUUGCCCAGAACAUCCAUCGUAAGGUAGCGGCCGUUUACAAUUUGUAUCAAAUUAUGUGAAAGCGCUGGCAUCCUAGAUGUUACAACCUUGGAUAUAUGUAAAUAUCAUCACCUGAAUGAGAGCUGAUAAACGCUGAUUUGUACAGUCAAAUAGUGUAAAUAGAAAUAUAUUUGUAGCCAAGUUUUGAACUUAAGGAUGCUAAACAAAUGAUGAAUUUACAAGCCUUCGACCUGGUGGAAAGAAUGUCGAGAUUCCAGCCCAUAUCUAGUCAUGUAGAAUUACAAUACCUGUAUUUUUUUUCAACUUACCACAACUCAUAACUUGUAAAGAAAAGAAUGAUGGGAAAGAUAGUCAUACUCGUGAUGUAAAUUAUA